AUGUUCAUCGGUAAUGAGCCCCGUGAGCGACCCCUUUCACCAAUAUUCACCGAUGCGGACAAACCGCAAAUGCGAAGAAAUGGCUUACAAGAGGACGGGAUGCUCAAAGUAAAUCGCAUUCCUCUUAUACGGACUGCCAUCGUGGAAGUGCUGAGAGCGGAAUCGCCAAGUUGUAUCUGGGUGCGCUUAACUAAUCACAUAACGGACACUUUGGUAUUCACCGAACCAUAUGACUUGGUGCAACGGUACAAGAAAGGAGGUCCUGACGGUGAUAAAGAGAUUAGUGAAUUCGAAUAUUGCCUGGCUCCAUUCGCGGACAGAAAGUAUGCACGAUGUCGAGUUCUGGAUGUUGUAGACAACAUGGUGAAAGUCAUUUUUAUUGAUGAAGGCAUCACAGCUUGGAUGUUUAGGGAUUGCCUCGCUUGCAUGCCCGUAGAGCUGUCUUACCAUCCAUGGCAGGCCAUCAAAGUGUCAUUAUGCGGAGUUGGAAUGCGAGAGCUUUUGCGACGAAAGCAGGGAACAUUGAUCUGGCAUGACGAAGAAUGUGCGAUCUUUCGACAGAUUCUUACCAGAUUUCCUCUGAUGAAGACGCGCACUGUGAAGUCAUCCAUCGUUCAUAAUGAUUACAGGAAAGCUGUGCAGGUGGAACUCUAUGGAAUACCGGAAGGUCAUAACAACACCUCAUCUGAAGUUGGCGUAUCCAUUGCUGCACUUUUCUCUGCCGAAUUACGAGGACAUCUUCGUGCGCGUCGUGUCGCAAACUCGGCAGAUUUCACGCCAGCUCUGAAUAUCGAUGGCGAAGCUUUACCGUUGCGAGAAAAAGAGAUACCGCUCUUCAGAAGGGAAUUCCCAAAAGAUUGGAAGCGAGUUUCUGUCGCUAAUGACCAGGCUACUAUAAAUGAGAAAAUACGGGAGUGGCAGGAUUGGACACCGGAUAAAGCGCACAUUCCGCCGCUUGAAGUAGAAUGGCUCAAUGCUAACGGGUAUCGGACAGCCUACAAUGAUGAGUAUUUGGUCAAUAUUGAAGGAUCGCAAACACAAUCACCUUACGAGUUUUAUGCUCGACCCAUCCGUAGAGAACGUGUGGAAGUGACUGGAAAAGAUCUUAUUGGUGAACUUGGAGAAGUGGAGGCCCAGCUGCAGUCUGAAACGGAUGCCAUGCUGAAUGCGCAUGAUGAAUUGCGAAAAAAGGCUACAGUUCUAGAUGCAUUCUACUCACUGGAAGAUAAUCGAAGUCCACUUGAUAGCAGUGAUUGCAUCAAGUGGUUGAAGUCAAAUAUGCGAGUAUUUGCAAUAUGCGCCUGUUCAGAAGAACGUGGCACCUAUACAGGGGAAUGGCAGCGGGUCGAGGUUCUCUCCUGUGAUGGUUUUGCAAACGUUCUUUUUCUGGACUCUGGCGGCACCGAGCUCGUGGUACCAUACAGUCUUUACAAGAUACAUCCAACACACUGCACUUAUCCACCAAUGUGCAUGCAGCUUUGUAUGCAUGGAGUUGGUCCGCGUGAAGCCGACAAAAAGCUUGAAUGGAGUGAAGGUGCUAAAAAUGAGUGGAGAAAGCUUCUGCGUGAAGACUUGCCAAUGUCUAUCUCAGUUAUAGAACGACUGAAUCGGGAAAAUGACGAUAAAGUGCUGCCGAUCAGUGAACCUGCUUGGAAACGGCCUGGUGUGCUAUUUAUUAAGUUCCUCAGGGUUCAUGGAGACAAUGAAACAACUUUGAAGAAAUUCUGCAGCCCAUCUCGUUCCCCCAAUAACGGUUUACCUCAAAAAGAUGUGCCACGUAGUUGGCCUGAGUUUUCCUCUCAUUAGCAUCUUAUCUCAUUCUCAAGCAUGUAUUUUAUUCACAACUCUAUCUUACAUCUGUGCAGUGCAUUUUUGAGCUCAACCCUGCCCUUGCAUCAUUCCUUGUCGAAAAGAACUGGUCAAAAUUUUGGCUCCCGAUGGAAGUUGAAAUCUUAUAUGUUAGUGCACAUACAGCCUGUGCAAAUCGCAUACUUCCUUUCCUUUCGGCGCUAUCACCACGCCAAGACGUCGUACC